AUGACUUUUGACAUUAUCGGGGAUUUGGCAUUUGGAGAGACAUUCCGCGGCGUGGAAACUUUUGAGGUUCAUCCCUGGGUCGCUAUCACCCUGGGCGCCCUGACCCAGGGUGAUGGCCGACGUGUUUAA